AUGCGCUUGAAACUUGCUCGUCUCGCUCUCCUGCUCCUCCUCGCGGUGGCACUUGCUCCGACGACGACUGCCGCGUCUCUUGUUGUCCCCGCUCUCCACUCCCGGGCUGGCGCCGGCAAGGUCUUCUACCUCAACUUUGUGGGCGCAUCCAUCCCUAGUGGCACGCCAUGGAACUCGGGUGCCGCCUUUACCGUCGCUGCCUUUUCUCAUGAUGGCGAUCGCACCGCUAUCUCCAGCGACGAGCUGCUCCAGAUCAAGACCAUUCACGCGGCCGUGGCUGAGGACUUUGCCCCCUUUGACGUCGAUGUUACGACCGAGGAGUCUACCUUUACAUCGGCACCCCUGGCCAACCGGGCCACCGUCAUCUUUACCAACUCGAAUGAUGUGGUGGCCGGCGACGAGGGCCCGAUGCAGGCCGCCUUUGGCCUCUUUGGCUCGACCUCGGGCAAGUACGAGCACGGCUUUGUCUUUGACACAAAUGUGGUUACUGUUCGCGCGCGCGCCGUCGCUGCCUCGCGGGCCCUGGGCCGGAUGAUGGGCCUGUACAACGACGGCAAGGACGUGACAGCCCUGCAUCCCGGCGAUGCUGUGCCCGGUGCCGCUGCAAACGUCGGCUGGGGCCCCAUCAUGGGCGCGCCCUACACCGUCGAGGUCACCCAGUGGUCCAAAGGCGACUACUCGGGCGCCACGUCGACCCAGGACGACCUGGCCGUCAUCGCCUCCAAGAUCCCUGUCGUUGCCGAUGAGGCCGGCGACACGCUGGCGUCUGCCACAGCCAUGACCAUCGUCUAUGACGAUGGAAGCUGCAGCAGCCCGUCCGCGACGGGCGUCAUCACCACCGACGCCGACGUCGACGUCUACGCCAUCUCCAUCGGCUGGCGUGGAAGCUUCACCCUCACCGUCUCCACCGCGCUCGACACCACCUAUGCCUCAUACAGCAACCUCAACAUCAAGGCCUGUCUCUACCAGGUCGAUGGCACCAACGAUGUGCUCAUCACCUGCUCGCUGCCCGAAGCGACCACGUCCGCCACCGAGCUCGGCGCCGCUUUUUCGGUCGUUGACCCGGCAGCACACGACUACAAGCUGACCAUCGAGGGCAUCGGCGAUCGCGCCGGCACAACCGGUGGCUACUCGGGCUAUGGCUCGCUCGGAUCUUACAAAGUUCCCAAGGCCGAGGCCGCCGGCGCCGUCAACAUUGUCACCGAGACCUUUGUCCGCGAGCUGCGCCUGGUUCCCGACUCGCGCUUGAUCAUCGGCGAAGAUAUGGCGCUACACAUCACUGAGCGCAUGCUCAUCGUCGACGAGGAGGAGUCCAAGCGCAAGGCCAUUAUCGAGCUAGUCAUCGGCUUUAACCUCCGGACCCGCACCCCGCUCAUCUUCACUGGCUGUCCCGACAGCCUCGACCAGCUCGCCCUCGUCCUCCAUCCCCAACAGGGAUCGGGCCAGGAUCUGUUUGCCGUCGGCGAGGACUACGCCAUCACGAGCCACUCGUGCAUCAUCCCGCCACGCACCCCAUCGGUCCGAGUCACCUACAACGGAAUCGGCACUCGUGCCGCCGCCCCGGUUGCCUCGAUCGUAUGCAACACGACCGCGUGCGUCGCCACCGGCCGCGCCGCUGACUCGCCCACCGAUGACACGCUCGAGCUGACGCUCAUCAUCGCUGGCUCUGCCGUCGGGGCUCUCAUUGUCAUCGGCAUCGUCGUCUGCGCCUGCUGGCGCGGCUGCCGAUCCAAGGACCACACCGUCAAACCCAAGUCCGAUCCAGCUCGCGACACCAACCCACCCGACUACGCAUCGGCCGUCUCGACCUACUCCAAGGCGCGCUCGUCGUCGAUGUCGUCAUCGUCGGUCAGCGCGAGCUCGUCCUCCAGCUCCUCGCACUCGGGCGAACCGACCGAGGUGAUGCGGUAUGGCAGCGGUGCCAGCCCGUACGUCUGAUCAGCGCCGGCCGGGGCGCAUCCCCUCUUUACCUAUCUGCACGGCGUAAAUAGCGUGCCUUUUCCCCACCACAAUCACUGGUUGGCCAGUCC